AUGCAAAGUAUUUUGACAGCAUGUUUUGCACCAGAUACCAAACAUACAGACGAUUGGUUCAAAAACCAAAGCACACAAGAACUUUUGAGCGAAGCACAGCGAGACCGACUUUUACAGGGGUCGCCAAAACUCUAUGAAAAUCGUAAAAAUUUGCCAAAUGGUUUGAGAGGUUGGUAUGUACAUAGACUUCUUGUAAAUGCUGUUGCAAUGUGGGCUUCACCUCGCUAUGCUUGGUAUAUUUGUAAACUUCUUGACGAACUUCACAGACAAGAACGUGAAGAGAUGGAAAAGAAACUUCAUGCAAAAGAUGAAGUCAUUGAAGCAAAAGACAAAAACAUACAGAAAAGAAUACCACGUUCGGUACCAAAAGGAAAGGAAAAGAACUAUAAGUAUAUGAUUUACACUGAAGAGAUGGAAAAUGAAGAAGACAGAGAUAUGGUUAUGUUGCAUUUAGUCAGAAGAAACAACAAAAGCUUUUACGACCUUGCUAAGAUUUACAAAUCUGACAGAAAUUGGUUCUAUCGCGAAAACUUACCGAUUUCAAUGACACCAAAUGAAGAUGUUAAACAGAUAGUUCAAGAUACGUUACCUCAAACACACUAUGAUAUGAAAGGUUGUACAAUACUUACAUUCAAAGAAGACUUACCGCUACUGAAGGAAAAGAUAACAGAGUAUUUUGACAACUUCAAAGAGGAAGAGUAA